AUGAAAAAUCUUCUAUUGGCACGCUUAAUGAUAAUAUUCGUUUUAUACAUAAAUUUUGCCUUUUCAGCACCAUACGAAUAUGGCUUUGAGCGACAAGUCGCCUGGUGUGAAAUGAAAAAAGAUGUCUCAAAACCGGUGAGCGGAUUCUUUGUGCUCUCACAAAUACAAACCGCGUCACCAAAAAUUAUAUUGUAUGGAGCGUGGGAGACUGGAUUCGACGACCCUGAUCCGAAUGCAUAUUCAUUUAUUAUUACCCCAGCAAAUUAUAAUCUUACUGAGAAACUAAAAGUUGUUCCACGUGAAGGCGGAGCAACUGAUCCGUGGUCUAUAAUGCUGCACGAUGUUUCGUUGUCGAGCCUGACUGCGCAUAAAGAUGAUACUUAUUUUGACAAAGGUGUUAGUUUGGCCGGGGAACAACAAUUUUUUCAAGUUCUUUAUAAAGAUUCUGUUAUUGGGUCUGGCCCUAUUGUCAUCCUUUGA